UAGAGAAAGCCCGGAAGACCAAGAUGCCCGUCACGCGCGACGUCCUUCGAAGCUUCGGCCGUGCCGCCAGGGCAACCCUGCUGGCUGAUCCAGCAGCUUCUAAGGAAGUGAAGGCGAGGGUCGAGGAUUUCAAGGCCGGCGAAAGGUGGGCCAGGAACUUCGUGAAGCGCAACAGCAUCGACAGCGUGAGACUUCAUGGCGAGGCUGGUAGCGUCAACAAGGAGGCCAUCAAGGUGGAAGACAUGACGGCACAGCUGGCUGGGACUCGAGUGUCUACCGGCCGCGAGGAGGAGGACGAGGAGGAGGACAGCGGCGAUGACAACACGGGGCUCGCGCGCCGUGUCCCACCGGCUUAUGGUGAACUGUCGUCUCACUUCGGCGUCCUGGAAGCGGCAGCAGAGGAGAGCGGCAAUGGAGACGCGGCGCUCUACCUAGCGAAAGCGAAGAUGGCGAUGAUUGCAGCGCAUUCCAAGAGGCGGGUGCGCCAGGCAGACAUGAGGGAGUUUGUUGCUACGGAGUAAGGGCGGGGAACAGCUGUGGCACUAAAAAAACGGUUGUUUGAUUUUUGCGGUGCGCUGCCCGUCGUGCAUGUCGUUUUUUUUUUCUUGCAACAUCGAAGCGGGUGCGCCAGGCAAACAGGAGAGAAUUUGUCCCGACGACAGUACACAAAUAAGCAAAUAAGUGAGGUGCAGAAGAAAAUGAAGAACCAAAGAGCGCCCCAAGACAACAAAAAGAAAACUCAACUCUGCCCACGCCCAUGCUGGAACUUCACUCAACAGUACAGUAAUAGUGUCGAUCCAUUUCGUUCUUUGUUCGCCCCGUAAGCGUGGGCGCUACACCAUAAAUCGAACACAACCUCGUUAGUGCCGGUACCGGCACUAGUGAGGGAUUGGCCAGCCCUCAAUAGUGCCGUUUUGGCACUAUUCGCAAUAGUGCCGGGUGCCCGAUUUAGUGCCGGUGAACGCUCUGUGCACGUACCGGCACUAAAAGCGUCCCUCCACUGUACUCUACUAAACAUUUUUUUAAGUAUAGUACGGCUUUUUAUACUCUACUCAUACUCACAUUUUAGUAUGGCUCUUCAUACUCUACUCAACAUACUCAUGCGGUUUAGUACAGCUUUUCAUACUCUACUAAACAUACUCUUUGGGUUUAGUAUAUACUGUACUAUACUUUCACUUUAGUAUAGCUUCUCAUACUCUACUNCUUAUUUCGAGUUUGUUUAAGCCUAUACACUGAUGAUUUAUAUCAGUGAUACCAGUUGGUGCUUAGCACAAAAACAUCUGCGUAGUAGUGUAGGUACAUUGACAUGUGGCCUGCACAGGGAACACGGCGCAAUAUGUCAUGUUGACAGUAGUUGCUGGUUUAAUUUAGAAAAAUUAAUAUAUUAGGAAAAACAAAUAUGCACACAGAAAGACUACCCGUUAAACACAUAAAAGCUCCCUGUUCGAGCGAAAAUCAUAGUCGUUCGAGGGGGGCUUUUUACAGCAGUAUUUAGGAAAAACAAGUAUACGUGCAGAAAGGCUACAGCAUGCACACAUGCAUCAUCAUUAUGACAAUCUCUCUAUUCAACUGUCAUUUUAGGUACAUUUACAUGUGGCCUGCACAGGGAACACGGCGCAAUAUGUCAUGUUGACAGUAGUUGCUGGUUUAAUUUAGAAAAAUACGUCUAUUAGGAAAAACAAAUAUGCACACAGAAAGACUACCCGUUAAACACAUAAAAGCUCCCUGUUCGAGCGAAAUUCAUAGUCGUUCGAGGGGGGCUUUUUACAGCAGUAUUUAGGAAAAACAAGUAUACGUGCAGAAAGGCUACAGCAGUAUGCAAUAACCGACAUACGUUAGUUUAUCUAUUUACUACAAAGUACUGUUUAUUACAGCAGUAGUUGUUGUACCUAUUUGAAAAAACAAAUAAACAUUAGUCUAAUUAUUUAUUUUAUUUUAUUUUAUUUGUUUCUGAUUAUAUUUUGUUUUCUUGUAUUUUAUCGCUCUGCUGACCCUUGGGGUCCAUUUUAUUUUGGUAUACCUUUUCUAGGUGGUUCGUUGUUGAUUUCCCGCUCAAUUUGAUUUUCAACUCUACCCAUGGUGUUGUUUGAUAUGCGUGUAUGACGAGUAAUAAUGAGACUCAUCAAAUGAGAUUGUGACGCAAAGUAUGCAUUAUGGGGGGAGAGUGAUUGCAGUGCUCUUGCGUGUGUAUGGGCAGUAAACUUGGUUGUGUAGGAGAGAGGAAACGGAGGUAAGUCUUGUGCUGUGUCGUACAUUAUGAGGAAAAACAAACAUACAUACACAAUCGUACAUGUUUGCAAACAGAAUUUGAAUCUCAAAACAUGUCGACUGUUUGUU